AUCAGAGGGUAUUUUUGGGGACGGCAGCUGCAGACAUUCCUAACGGUCGAUCCCUGCAUGCUGACACUGGGGAGCAGAGCUGGGCGAGCAGCAGAGCAGUGUGCUGGCACCGGGAGCUGCAGGACAGAGGUGUUGGUGCGAGGCUGAAGCUCCUGGCCAUCCUCCUGCCCUGACCCCAAGGUGAUGGAGAGCCAUGGGACAGCCCCUCGGUUCCUGGCCUACCCACGCGCCUUCACAGCACAAAGCGGCACUGACGCCAUGCUGAGGUGCCAGAUCGCAGGUGACCCCCGGCCCAGCAUUCUCUGGGAGAAGGACACAGCCCCAAUCCAGCCCUCGGACCGCUUCUGCAUGGAGGCUGAGGGGGACAUGUACAGCCUACGGGUGUCCUGCGUCACCCCGCAGGAUGGCGGCCUCUAUGUUUGCAAGGCCAAGAACUGCGUUGGUGAGACCUAUGCUGCUGCCACACUGCGAGUGGAGGCUGGGGAGCAUCAGCAGGAGGAGGAGGAGGAGGAAGGCCAUGCUGGCUGCCGAGUGCCCACCUUCCUGGUGGGGCCCUCAUCGGCGCGGGUGUGCCGUGGGGAGGACGUGACCUUCUCUUGCCGAGUGCUGGGGCAGCCCUGCCUGCUGCUUGAGUGGGAGAAAGAUGGUCGCAAGCUGAGUGACCUCUUCGAGAGCAGCCACUUUGCAUUGGGCCAGCAGCCUGAGGACUGGCAUUACCUCAAGCUGUUUGGGGUCCGGCCCCCAGAUGCAGGAGUCUAUGUGUGCCGGGCACGCAGUGGCUCCAAGGAGGCCCUGGCUGCAGCUGUGCUCCUGGUGGAGCCCCGGUGCUCCCCUUCUGACAGCACCCAGCCAAGGCGACUGCGGCACACAAGCACCGACACCUGGGCACCGGCACCCAACGGCACAUCAAGAGCCAAGGUGUUCUCUGUCAGCGCAGGGAAGCAUGCCAAGUUCCGCUGCUAUGUCACUGGCAAGCCCAAGCCAGAGAUCAUUUGGCAAAAGGAUGGCAAGGCCGUGGUCCCCGACCGCCGGCACCUGGUCUACGAGGACCGUGAGGGCUACUUCAUCCUGAAGGUGCUGUACUGCCGGCCCCGGGACCAGGGCCUGUAUGUUUGCACCGCCUCCAACACAGCUGGGCAGACACUGAGUGCUGUGCAGCUGCAGGUGAAGGAGCACCGGCUGCGGUUCCAGGUGCCACUGGAGGACGUGGAGGUGGCGGAGCGGGAGGAUGCAGUCUUGGAGUGCCAGGUGCCACUGGGGAACAUCCCCACCACCUGGUUCCUGGAGGACCGGGAGCUGCAGCCCAGCCACAAGUACGUGAUGGAGGAGUGCGGCGUGGUGCGGCGUCUGACCAUCUGCGAUGCCCGCACCGAUGACGACGGCAUCUACCUCUGCCAGAUGAAGGACCGGGGCCGCAGCGUCGCUGAGGUCUCCGUACGAGGGCUGAUUGUGAAAAGGCUGCCGCGGAAGCUGGAUGUGAUGGAAGGCGAGAACGCAGCUUUCUGCGUGGAGACGCGGGAGGCCAUGGAGGGGACCUGCUGGAGCCGCAACGGGCUGCAGCUGCACGAGUCACCACGCACUGUGCUGAAGAACUUUGGCAGGACACACCUGUUGGUGCUGGUGCACGUCACCCGUGAGGACGCGGGCAUCAUCUGCUUCUCUGUCGGGGAGUCACUGACAUCCUCCCAGCUCCGUGUCAAGUGUGUGAAGCGUGACCCUCCCAGCGCACCAAUGGCAGCCCAGCUGAGCACAGAGCAGAGCAACGCGGCCCUGCUGAUGUGGUGCCCUGCAACUGAUAUUCACCACUGCCCGCCCAGCACCUACAUUCUGGAGCGGCGCGAGGCAACAGGCAGCAGCUGGGUGCAGUGCCUGAGCACCGAGCUGCCCGGCCGUGUGCAGGUGCUGGGCGACAGCGUGCCCCGCGAGGCCGACUACUGCUUCCGAGUCUGUGCUGUCAACAAGUACGGCCGCAGUGACCCUGUGGAAUUCCCUGGCUGCGUGCAUCUCGUGCCAGCUGUGUGCCUGGAGAGGGGUCUGCAGGAUGCGCGGGUGCAGGAUGGUGAGGAUGCACGCUUCUCUGUGGAGCUGUCAGCCUCGGUGCAGGGCGAGUGGUUCCUGAAUGAUACGAGUCUGCAAGGUGAGAGGAGUGGGCGUUUUAGUGUGCAGCACUGCGGGACAGAACACUCGCUGCUUAUCCGCUCAGCAAGGCUGAAAGAGAGCGGUGCACGUGUCACCUUUGUGGCCAGCGGUGUGCGGGACUCAGCCACACUGCAUGUGCAAGCCCCUCAGGCCCACAUCGCCCCCGUGCCUGAGGCACGGCGGCUCCGGGAGCUGUUGGCAGGGCUGCCAUUGCUGCUGGAGUGUGAGGUGAACCCGGCGGGUGCCCCUGUGCACUGGCUGAAGGAUGGCGAGGCUGUGGUGCCCAGUGAGACCCUGAGCAUCCAGACAGAGGGGUGCUGGCGGAGGCUGCACAUCCCCACCACUGUGCCAUCGGACUCGGGGACAUACACAUGUGAUGCUGGGGAUGACACCGUGAGCUUUGUGGUGACUGUGAAUGAGGCACCAGUGAGGAUUGUCAGCUCCAAUGAGGAGACCCCACACACCUAUGUGGCUGGGCAGCGUGUGGAGCUGUGGUGCCAGCUGUCCCGUGCCGAGGCCCCAGUGCGCUGGUACAAGGAUGGGGAGGAGGUGGAGGAGAGCGAGAGCCUGGUGCUGGAGCGUGAGGGGCCGCGGUGCCGCCUGGUGCUGCCCUGCGCCCACCCACAGGACACAGGGGAGUUUGUCUGCGACGUGGGUGGUGACUCAGUCUUCUACACCAUCACGGUGGCAGAGUCACCAGUAAGGAUCAUGGGCUCCAAUGAGGAGGCCCCGCACACCUAUGUGGCUGGGCAGCGUGUGGAGCUGUGGUGCCAGCUGUCCCGUGCCGAGGCCCCAGUGCGCUGGUAUAAGGAUGGGGAAGAGGUGGAGGAGAGCGAGAGCCUGGUGCUGGAGCGUGAGGGGCUCCGGUGCCGCCUGGUGCUGCCCUGUGCCCACCCCCAGGACGCAGGGGAGUUUGUCUGCGAUGUGGGUGGUGACUCAGUCUUCUACACCAUCACGGUGGCAGCCCCGCAGGCUCGUAUCACCACAGUGCCUGAAGCUCAGCAGCACCGGGAGCUGCUGGCAGGGCUGCCAUUGCUGCUGGAGUGUGAGGUGAACCCGGCGGGUGCCCCCGUGCACUGGCUGAAGGAUGGCGAGGCUGUGGUGCCCAGUGAGACCCUGAGCAUCCAGACAGAGGGGUGCUGGCGGAGGCUGCACAUCCCCACCACUGUGCCAUCGGACUCGGGGACAUACACAUGUGAUGCUGGGGAUGACACCGUGAGCUUUGUGGUGACUGUGAAUGAGGCACCAGUGAGGAUUGUCAGCUCCAAUGAGGAGACCCCACACACCUAUGUGGCUGGGCAGCGUGUGGAGCUGUGGUGCCAGCUGUCCCGUGCCGAAGCCCCAGUGCGCUGGUACAAGGAUGGGGAGGAGGUGGAGGAGAGCGAGAGCCUGGUGCUGGAGCGUGAGGGGCCGCGGUGCCGCCUGGUGCUGCCCUGUGCCCACCCACAGGACGCAGGGGAGUUCAUCUGUGACGCUGGAGACACUGCUGUCUCCUAUAAUGUCAUGGUGUCAGAGCCACGAGUGCGGAUCCUGCACCCUGCGCAGCACUCACUGGAGCUGCCAGUGCUGGCACCGGGGUGUGUGGAGCUGCGCUGCAAGCUGUCUGUGCCCGAUGCUGCUGUGCGCUGGUUUAAAGAUGGGCUGGAGGUGGAUGAGACUGACAACCUGCAGCUGCUGGUGGAUGGCGCCUGGCGCUGCCUGCUCAUCCCCAGGAGCAGUGCUGAGGACACAGGGGAGUACAUCUGUGAGAGCAAGGAUGAGUCUGUCUCAUUUGAUGUCAAGGUGACAGAGCCCCCAGUGAAAAUCCUGCAGCCGCAGAGACCUCCACCUGUUGUGAAGGUGUCUCCAGGGGAGACAGUGAUGCUGUCCUGUGAGCUGUCCCGACCCGAUGCACCCGUGUGCUGGUCCAGGGAUGGAGUCCGGCUGGAGGCAGGGGGAAGCUGGGUGCUGGAGGAGGAGGGUGCCCACCGUCGCCUGCUCAUCCCUGCUGCCCGAGCUGAGCACGCUGGAAAAUACUUCUGUGAUGCAGCCGAUGAUGCAGUGAUGUUCACCGUCCAGGUGUUAGACCCUCCUGUCAGGAUCCUGGAGAGGGAUGCACUGCCAACCAUCCGGCGCUGCCGGGCCAUGGAGGAUCUGGUGCUGGAGGUGCAGCUGUCUCAUGCCCAUGGGGAGGUGAAGUGGUACAGAGGGGAGAAGCUGCAGGACACGGGGCAUGUGCGGCUGGAGGAGGAUGGGCAGCGCCGGGCACUUGUCAUCCUGGGUGCCACAGACGGGGAUGCAGGGGAGUAUCUCUGUGACACCCACGAUGACAGCAUCAUCUUCUGCGUCACCGUGGAAGCCCCAGAGCCACCAGUGAGCAUCGUGGGGAACACGGGCACGACAGAGCAUCGCAGCCUGGUGGCUGGGCAGGACCUAGUACUGGCCUGUGAGCUGUCCCAGCCCGAUGCUGCUGUUCGCUGGCUGCGGGAUGGUCGGGAGCUGCAGCCAGGGGAGCGGGUGUGCAUUGUGGCCCGUGGGGCGCUGCGGGAGCUCACUGUGCGUGGGGCACAGCCUGGGGACUCGGGGUGCUACGUCUGUGAUGCUGCCACCGACCGCAUGGUGACAAGCGUGGAGGUGACAGCCCAGUCUGUGCGCAUUGUGAACAAGGAGGAGGCGCAGAGCCCGCUGGAGGUGCAGGAGGGGGAUAGCGUGACGCUGGUGGCCCAGCUGUCCCUGGAGACAGCAGAAGCACAGUGGCAGAAGGAUGGGCAGAUGUUGCUCUCGGGCGGGCGGCUGCUGGUGUGCAGUGAGGGCCCAGCACGCAGCCUCACCAUCAAACAAGUGGAACUGGGGGAUGCCGGCACCUUCCUCUGUGAUGCUGGGGAUGACGAGGUGUACUUCACUCUGCAUGUGAAAGAAGCACCAGUGCUGUUUGUGAACAAGCAGGAGGUGCAGGAGAAGCUGCUGGUGCUGGAGGGUGGCAGUGCCGUGCUCUCAGCCGUCGUGUCCAAGGAGCAAGCUGACAUCACCUGGCUGUGCCCCCCGCAGCUCACGGUGCCCAGCGAGUGCUGCCAGCUGCGGUGUGACGGCCGUGUGCACAGCCUGGUCCUCAGCAAUGUGGCCAAGGAGGAUGCUGGAGUCUACACCUGCCUGUCCCCUGAUGACCAGAUGCAGUUCGACAUCAGCGUGCGGGAGCUGCAGGUGAAGUUCCUGCGUGGGCUGUCGGAUGUGCGGGCACGGCAGGGUGAGACGGUGGUGCUGUGGUGUGAGUUGUGCAAGGCCCGUGGUGAUGUGGUGUGGCUGAAGGAUGGACAGGUGCUGGAGCCUGAUGCACGCCACGAGGUCCGGGUGCAAGGCCGGGAGCGCUCGCUGGUAUUGAACUGUGUGGGCCCUGAGGAUGCUGGGGAGUACUGCUGUGAGUCCAACGAUGACCGCACGUUGGCCACGCUGACAGUGCAGGUGCGCAGAGUGGUAGAGAUCAUCGUGGAGCUGCAGAGCCUGACGGUGCUGGAAGGUGACGAUGCCACCUUCAAGUGCAUGGUGUCCCCCGAGGACGUGGCAGUGACGUGGCAGCUGGAUGGGCGACCAGUGGUACCCAGCGAGCGGCUGCAGGUGGCCAGGAGUGGGCUGUGCCAUAGCCUCACCGUGCGCGGCUGCCAGCCAAGUGAUGCAGCUACUGUGACAGCCAAUGCCGAGGGGCUGCUGAGCACAGCCCGGCUCAGUGUGCAGGAGGCGCAGGUUCUGUUUGUGCAGAAGCUGCGGGACGUGGUGGCAGAGGAGCAGCAGGAUGUGUGCCUGGAGGUGGAGGUCAGCCACGAGGCAGCCGAGGUGCAGUGGCUGAAGCAAGGCGUGCUCCUCCAGCCCAGCGACAAGUACCUGAUGUGUGAGUCAGGGCGCCGGCGCACCCUCACCAUCCGCAAUGUCAGCCCCUCUGACCGUGGCACCUACCGCUGCGAGAGCCUGCACGACCGCACGCAGGGCAAGCUCAGUGUGGAGCCCCAGAAAGUGUCAAUCCGGCGGCCUCUGGCUGAUGUGGAGGCCUUUGAGAAGCAGACGGCCACCUUCCUGCUGGAGCUGUCCCACGCCGGUGUGCCUGGGGUCUGGACACGUGGUGGCGUGCGGGUGAAGCCCAGUGCCACGUGCCAGGUCAGCGCCAAGGGCUGUACACACAGCCUGACGCUGGAGGGGCUGGCACUGGAGGACUCGGGCACCAUCACCUUCACUGCUGACACUCUGCGCUGCAGCGCCCGCCUGCUUGUGCGGGAGCCUCCCAUCAGCAUGGUGAAGCUCCUGCAGGACCUGGAGGUCCCAGAGGCAGGGGCUGCCACCUUUGAAUGUGAGCUGUCCCGUCCCAGCGCUGAGGUGAAGUGGCUCAAGGACGGGAUGGAGCUGCGGCCAGGCCCCCACUGCCGCAUGUACUCUGCAGGUCGGCGCCGCCUCCUGCAGCUCAGCCGCUGUGUGCUGCCCGAUGCCGGCAUCUACACCUGUGAGGCAGGUGACUGCCAGAGCUCUGCCACGCUGCACGUUCAUGAGCACCAGGUCCACAUUGUGCAGGAGCUGCAAGAUGCCCGUGUGCAGGAAGGUGACAAUGCUGUGUUCACGUGUGAGGUGUCCCAUGGUGAUGUGGUGGGCGAGUGGUUCCGUGAUGGGGAGAAGAUCAAGGUGUCCAGCACGGUGAAGAUACGGCAAGAAGGCACACGGCACUUCCUGCUGCUCUGCGCAGUGCGCCCUGAGGAUGCGGGUACCAUCCGUUUUGCGGCCAGGAUGGCCAGCUCAGCGGCCAGCCUGCAGGUGGAAGUGUUGCCCAUCCGCAUCGUGAAGCCUCUGCGGGACAAGACGGUGCUGGCACGGCACAAGGCGACGCUGGAGUGCACGGUGUCACACGCCCGGGGUCGCGUUCGCUGGCUGCGCGGGGACACCGAGAUCUUUGCUGGUGACAAGUAUGAGAUCUGCAACCUGGACUGUUACCGCACGCUCAUCAUCCACCGCGUGGGGCCCGAGGAUGAGGACUCAUACACCUGUGAUGCUUUUGAUGACCGCUCCACCGCGCGGCUCCUGGUGGAAGGGAGUUAGGAUCUGGGGUGCACACGGAGCGCACGGACCUCAGGUCCCCAGCCCCCCAGCGCAGCCCCCACCUUGGCACAGCAGUUCCGAAAGGCUCUUUACUGUGUGGCCGUGGCCUCAGCAGCGUUUGGCACAUUUACAAAAGAGGCUGAAAAGGGGGACGGCGGCAGCACGGCGCUGCAGAGACGGCGUGGCAGAAACAUGCAGUUCCUGGGGUGGCAGCCGGGGAUGGGAAAGCACCCGGGGGCACCCCACUCUGGUCCCCCCACAUCCCGCCUGCGGGGAGGUCCUGGCUCACUCCGUAAUAAAUUAAUACAAAUCACA